UUAGGUUCUCUGCACUCGGUGAUCACUUAAUGCGACGCGCCGCUGAUAUUUAGUCCUGGAGAAUUUUGUGUGGUUUUGUUUUGGGGAAGGGUUGGAAGAGGAGGGCCACAACAGUCUGAAAGCAACCCACCUUCCAAGACCCAGUACAACGUGGGCCUGCGUUCCCUUAACCAGCCAAAAAGAAGCAGCAGCCCGGGUCGUCUUAAAGAAGCAAAAAAUAAAAACCAAGCCUGGAGGGUCUGAGGAGGUUGCAAUGGAGUGCUGCUACCUGCUGGAGCUGCUAUUGGCCGUGGCGUUACUGCAGAGGUCGAGCGGAGCGUCGGCCGCUAAGGAGUUGUCCUGUCAGGAGAUCACCGUGCCUCUGUGCAAAGGCAUCGGCUACAACUACACCUACAUGCCCAACCAGUUCAACCACGACUCGCAGGACGAGGCGGGCCUGGAGGUGCAUCAGUUCUGGCCGCUGGUGGAGAUCCAGUGCUCGGCGGACCUGCGGUUCUUCCUGUGCAGCAUGUACACGCCGAUCUGCCUGGAGGACUACAAGAAGCCGCUGCCGCCGUGCCGCAGCGUGUGCGAACGGGCUAAGGCCGGCUGCGCCCCCCUCAUGCGGCAGUACGGCUUCGCCUGGCCGGACAGGAUGAAGUGUGAGCGGCUACCCCGGCAGGGACAGCCCGAGACACUGUGCAUGGAUUACAACCGGACCGAGGCGACCACGGCGGCUCCGCUCUUCCCCCACCGCCCCCGGGCUCCUCCUGCGGCGGCAGCGCCUCCGGCCGCCGCUCCCCCGGGGCCCGGGGCCAGCCACCGGCCUGCCGUUCCGCCGCAGCGGCCUCCUGCCCGCUGCGAGCCGGGCUGCCACUGCCGGGCCCCGAUGGUGCCGGUGCGCAGCGAGCGCCACCCGCUCUACAACCGGGUGAGGACGGGCGAGGCGGCCAACUGCGCUGUGCCGUGCCACGACCCUUACUUCACGGCGGACGAGCGCAGCUUCACCGCCUUCUGGCUCGGCCUGUGGUCGGUGCUGUGCUUCGUCUCGACCCUGGCGACGGUCGCCACCUUCCUGAUCGACAUGGAGCGCUUCCAGUACCCGGAGCGGCCCAUCAUUUUCCUGUCUGCCUGCUACCUCUUCGUGUCGGCCGGCUACCUGGUCCGCCUGGUGGCGGGGCACGAGAGCGUGGCUUGCAGCCGCCCGGCCGCCCCCUUGGAGCCGCACGUCCACUACGAGACCACGGGGCCCGCUCUGUGCACCUUGGUCUUCCUGCUGGUCUACUUCUUCGGCAUGGCGAGCUCCAUCUGGUGGGUCAUCCUGUCCCUCACUUGGUUCCUGGCCGCCGGCAUGAAAUGGGGCAACGAGGCGAUCGCCGGCUACUCCCAGUACUUCCACCUGGCCGCCUGGCUGGUGCCCAGUGUGAAGUCCAUCGCCGUGUUGGCUCUCAGCUCGGUGGACGGAGACCCGGUGGCCGGCAUCUGCUACGUGGGCAACCAGAACCUGGACAACCUGCGGGGCUUCGUGCUGGCCCCCUUGGUCAUCUACCUGUUCAUCGGCACCAUGUUCCUCCUAGCCGGCUUCGUCUCGCUGUUCCGCAUCCGCAGCGUCAUCCUCAAGCAAGGCGGCACCAAGACCGACAAGCUGGAGAAGCUGAUGAUCCGCAUCGGCGUCUUCACCGUGCUCUACACCGUGCCCGCCACCAUCGUGGUCGCCUGCUACUUCUACGAGCAGCACAACCGGCCGCACUGGGAGCUCACCCACAACUGCUCGUGCCUGAGCGAGCAGGAGGCCCGCCGGCCGGACUACGCCGUCUUCAUGCUCAAGUACUUCAUGUGCCUGCUGGUCGGCAUCACCUCGGGCGUGUGGAUCUGGUCAGGCAAGACCCUGGAGUCCUGGAAGGCCUUCUGGACGCGCUGCUGCUGGGGCAGUAAAGGCACCGGCGGCUCCAUGUACAGCGACGCCAGCACCGGACUCACCUGGAGAUCUGGCACCGCCAGCUCCGUGUCUUACCCCAAACAAGUGCCGUUAUCCCAAGUUUAAAACUGUGGAACACUCUCUCUCUCUCUCUCUGUCUCUGAACCCAGCAUCUUAUUAAAAUGUUAAUGGACUUCUAAUGGUAUCCAUUAGUCAUAAGUGAAGGACUGACCGGAACAGUGUACCUGGCACUGAUGCUUCACGAAUCUUAACCAUUUUUAUGCACACGGCGUCCAUUAGCUGUCCAAAUGUGAGAGGGAAACGAAUUUCUAUCGUGUCCAUGACCAGAAACGUUUCAGCCAGUCGCGAUUUUAUGAUCAUGCAAGGAGUCGAUUGUUCACUUUUAAUUGAUGACAUUUAUGAAAAUAAUUUAAAUAGAGGAAUGAAUGGCGUACUUGACACAAAUCUUAGUGGUGAAAAGCCUGGGUGCAUCAACCUGCCUUAAAAUCCUUUUUUUUUAAGUAUCCCCAAGUAAUACGGGUUUCAUGCAAAGUUGUAUUUAUAUAAUUAUUUGUACUAUGAACACAAAUCUGUAAAUUGUGUACAUAACAAAAGCGUUUUUUGAGGUAUAUUCAGAGUAUGUACAUUUUUUUGUAUAUAUAAAAAAAAGUUUAGUGGUUGCCUUUGCAGGAGCACCAGAAUUAUUUGAAACAAUUAUUCUAUUUUGACAAUAAAACAACUUUGAUUUUAAUUA